CAAAAAACGCGUCAAAAGCAUACAUUUUUCUCCUGUUCUUUUCCUUUUUUCAAUUUUGAAUCCCUCUUUUUUUCCCUUCCUACUCACAAAAUAAUCAGAACUUUAAUAAUUCCAACAUUUGUACGCCAACACACACACACAUACAAACAAUCAAAUUAAGAAAUGGUCAGAAGGAGUACUCGGAAUCCACCCGAAUACCACCCCGAAUCCACCUACGAAUCCGACCCCAACACUGCUACAACACCGCCGCUAGCACCCCUAGACACUAGCGACCCACAGCGACCCCAGGCACUCCACCGCCUAAUAUCCGCACUUCGCAAUGGUGAUUUUGACUCUGACACUGAUGAGCAGCAGAACGAGGAGCAGAAUGAGCCUGGACUAGGUGGCAAGGAGAAGAAGCUCAUGCUGAGAUUCAGGAAAAGCAAACUACAGGAUGGACAGCCUUUGCGGGUGGAGGAUAUUGAUUGGCCAGAGUUCGAUACGGAGACAAUCAACGAGAUACUGAAGAGACGUGAGGAGCUCCAGAGGCAAAGGUGCGGAGAGAAGAUCAAUCCGGAUGUGAGAACUGCAGAGCUGAAGAAAUCAAGCCUAGCCCCUGCCACAACUGUGCAGUCCGCCAGAAUGGACGAGGAUGAGAUGGACGUAGAUGAGCGCGAGCAUUUCAGAGACCUCUUUGAUGACACGCUCCCGGUCAUUGCCACUGCUCCGAGCAAUACGGCCUUGCAUCUUCCAGCUCGCACCCUAGCCCCCACAGAUACACCCUCGGAACCGCGUCCGCACCCAGCAUUGAUUCGCACCACGGCAGAUGCCACGAUGGGCGCGGGGUUGCCCAAGGAUAUGCGUUUGGUAUUGCAGUAUGAGCUACGCCGGGAGGAGAGCCUUUUGAAGGAUUUGAGGGCGGAGAUUGUCGACAAGUUGUUCAAGUUGCAGGCGGAGGAAAAACUGUUAAGGAUGAUUGUUCGCGACGAGAUGGAUGUCGAUCAGCAGGAGGAGGAAGAGGCUGCGGCAGCAGCAGGAGGGGCAGCUGCGGCGGCAGUUGCAGAGGAGAGUGAAGUGAUGGGGGCUUCCGGGUAUGGCGGGGGCUUUGGGGAAAUCGGCGAUGGGAGGCAGUUGGAUUAUGUGGCAGCCGCGGCAGCCGCUGCGGCGGCUGUGGCUGCAGCGGCUGCGUCGGGCCAGGGGAUGGACGAGGACAGCGAUGAUGCGUCGUCGCUCAGCGGCAUGUCAUCGAGCUCCAGCGAGGACGAGGUGCAGGACGAGGAACUCGAACGCGGCGCCCUAAAAACCGCACUGUCCCAGUACCUAAACUCGAAACAAUGACCAUAAGACGACAGCAACAACUUCAAAAAGUCUAAUAACAACACCUUGCAAAAAGUAAAAUAAUAAUUAA